AUGGAAGAUUCAACAAUCAAAAUAAACCUAGCAAGACAAUUCUAUACAGAUCAUUGGUCUCCUGAAAGACAACAAGUUAUUGCUGAUCUAAUGAGUAUCGAGGAGACAAUCCAGAGGCAUGUCAAAUCGUAUUCUAUCGGUUCCAUAGGAUAUUCCAGCAUUGGCAUACUUGGGGGAGGACUGACAAUAGCUUCUGUAGCUGCGGCUCCAUCUACACUAGGUCUUUCUCUUUUGUUAAACGUGGCUGGCAUUGCAACUGGAGUAUCUUCUGGUGUUGCAGGGCUUGCUCAUGGUUUUAUAAAGAAUAGAACCAUUGAACAAAAAUGCAAAGAUGCAAAAUCCUUGCUUAACAGGCACAAAGAAACAUCUUUAAACAUGAGAGAUAUGCUUGCAGAGAUAAUCACUUUUGAAGCUGAAACAGAAGAUGGAAAAACACUAAAUUUGUCCCUUGCAAAAGACGAUAUUCUGCAAAUUGCAAACGCAGCACUAGUUGCACAAAGGAUAAAAAUUGUGAUAAAAAACUCCCAUGAAAUGUAUAGAGUAAUUAGAAGCCCAUCAGAUGGAGUUGCUAGAUUCUUGGGGCUUGGUUCGUUUCUCGAUGAUCUAAUCCCGACUGCACUAAAAGAUAUAAGCAAGGGUGUUGCUAAAAUACCGGGGAAAAUUGUCGGCGCAGUAGCUUUUUUCGGGAUUGCAGUUGACGCUGCUUCUUUAUUUUCAAAUGCCAUUGAUUUAUCUAAAAUGACAAAAGGAGAACUUUGUGAUGAAGCAAAAAAAAUUGACGAAACCAUCAAGGCAUUACAAUCAGAAUAUGACAUUCUAAGAGAAAUAUUCGAAUCACCUUUUUAA